AUGCAUCUCACCGCUGCUCUUCUUUCUCUUUCCGCUGUAGCGUCAUCUGCGGCCGUCACUCCUCGCGCCGAAUACGGCUACUGGGAUUUCAAGGGUAGCGUUAGCUUUCCUGCCAGCGGCUACACAUCCUACAGCGUUGAAGCAACAUACCACAAUAGCGAGCUCGCCGACCCCAUCGACGUGACGUGCAAUUACUUGUACAGCCCACCGACGCAAACGACCGAGGCUAGCUGCUCUGACCCAAGCUUCUCCUACGACUUUGGAGACGUUCGCAUGGCCGAUACGGUUGCCAAUGUUACGCUCCAGCAAACUGUGGGACUUUGGGGCGAGAAUGUUACGGUCAUUGGUGUGAAGGAGUUUGACUGGGACUUUUCGUCGGGAUCUGGGAGAAGUGGGACUGCCGAGGGAAAGAUCGAGGUUACGACUGCUGUGGCAUAA